AUGGAGAGAGUUGAGAUUUCAGUGAGGAAGUCAGGACUGAUUUUGGCUGUUAAGCGUGGAAUGUGUGAUCCGUUGUUGGAUGAUAAACUCGGCAUCUCUUCUCUUGCCGGCGUCGGCGCCGGCGGGCGGAAAAACUCCCGCUCCCAGCGUGCCCCGCGGCUCGGCCAGCGCGCGCGUGCGCCGGAACGGACCGCGCUGGCGAGGGCGGGUGAGGCGGUUGCUUCGAGUGUGCUAGUUUGCACCCCGAAGGGAGUGAGGGCGGUUAGGUGUCCACGGCCACUUUCGCCUCCCCCGAAUUACCUAAAGACCUCAGGAGAAUAUAAACUUGCAGGUGUUUUCCUUGGAGGUCGUUCAAUGGGCUCAAGAGCAGCUGCUUCUGUUAUGUGUCAUAUUGAGCCAGAUGUUGCUGAUGAUUUUGUUCGCGGUCUCAUUUGUAUUUCUUAUCCACUGCACCAUCCAAAGCAGCAGCAUAAACUCAGAGAUGAAGAUCUCUUUCGUAUAAAAGAUCCUGUACUGUUUGUGUCAGGCUCCGCAGAUGAAAUGUGUGAAAAGAAUUUGUUGGAGAAAGUGGCACAGAAAAUGCAAGCUCCCAAUAAAAUCCACUGGAUUGAAAAGGCAAAUCAUUCCAUGGCAGUGAAAGGACGGUCAACAAAUGAUGUUUUCAAAGAAAUAAAUACACAGAUUUUGUUUUGGAUCCAAGAAAUCACUGAAAUGGACAAGAAAUAA